AUGGAACAUCUCGUAAAGAAUCGACUGGAGUGGAUAUUAGAAAAUAGGGGCAUUCUGUCAAGGACUCAAUUUGGUUUUAGAAAAGGUUUUAGCACAAUGGAUAGCCUUAGUAUCUUAGUAUCAGACAUAAGACUUGCUUUUUCCAACAAUGAGUAUCUUGUAGGCGUCUUUGUGGAUGUUCGUUCGGCCUACGAUGAUGUUAUUCUUCCGCUGCUCAGGCAGAAAAUGCAACAGCUGAACAUCCCGGAGAGAAUCACAAAUUUCGUGUCAAACCUGCUUUCGCAGAGGCGCAUAUUAGUUCGCUCUGAAGGCAAGCUCACAUCACCUAGACCUGUCUGGAAGGGAUUACCUCAAGGCUCAGUUCUGAGCCCCUUGUUAUACAGCCUUUAUACAUAUGAACUUGAUAGAUCUGUAAACUACUUAGCUAAUGUCCUACAGUAUGCUGAUGACUUAGUCUUAUAUGCAUCCGACAUUUCCUUUGACCAAGCAAUCUCCCGUCUAUCCCAAGCAGUUAAAUUCCUCAACUUUUGGCUUAUAGAACAUGGUUUGUCCAUUUCAGCUAGUAAGAGUAACUCAGUAGUAUUUACUAGACGAAGGUUUUCCCCAGAUGUGCCUAUCCAUAUUGAUGACUCUCUUAUACCUUCUCAGACUCAAGUGAAAUUUUUAGGAGUAUUUCUAGACAGUAAAAUGACAUGGUGGAAGCGUGUACGUCGCAUCGCGAAUCGGUCCAUUGGAAAUGGUGGGAAAGAGGUCAAUGUGCGCGGGAAGUGGGUCAGGGCGGAUGCACCGGAGCGGUCGGUUGUUUUCGGCCGUCUUUGGGGGCCUUCGGAGCGGUUCGGGGAGGCUCGGGGGCGCAGGCGCGUGGAGUGCAUCGAUCGCCGCCCACGCGGCGUAGCGCUCAAGUGCUCCGCGAGUCGCUCCGCGAGUCCCGGGCUGUGCCCCACGAAGAUGGCGGCGUGA